UGAUGUCGCGAAUAGAUACAGAAUACAGCUGAUAGAUGAAUGUGAUCGUCUCUCUGGCGACCUUUAAACUGGAAACCUUCAAAUUCAAUUCAACAAAGAUGGAGAUUUUUUCCGACGAAUCAUUCUCUCUCUCAUAUUGGGAUUACUUCAGUUAUCUUCUCCUUCGCCCCAUUGCUGCUAUUCUCUUUACGGUCUCCUUACUCUUCUUUGGCUGGUUCUUGGCAUGGAAGCUGGUACUGGUUCAUGUACCUCUAGUGCAGGAGAUUUUCGGUCUGAGGAAAAAAAUCAUCAAGCCAAAGCCGCCUGGUAGAAGAAGAUUCACUCAAUUUUACAACAGAAUUAAUGCCCAAAAUCCUUCUUCAGAAGAGUAGCCGAAGAAUUCUUGUUUCGGACGCGAAUUGAUCUAAGCUCUCAACUCCAAACUGGCUGAUGCUGGGAAGUGCUCAAUCAGGAGGAGUAGAAGAAGAGUGUUUGAUGCUGUGACAUAAUAAUUUGUACAUUAAAUAAUUUAUUAUAGGUAGUUGUAAAUUGAUCAUAUUAUAUAACUGAUGUGUGCUGUAUAAUAAGAAGGUUUGGACUUUGUUUCAUUGUGAAUUUAAUCGAGUUGAGUUUUUAAAUUA